CUGCAGCGUCUGUUAUAUUCAAUGAAUACCUAUACCACUGAGACGUUGUAUAGCUGAAGCCGGAGCUCUGCCACCAGUCUUACCUCCAAAACAAACUAUACAUAUUUGGUUGUGAUUGGGUUUACCACAGGGUUUUUUCUCUCUUGGUUUUCUCCAGAGAGAUUGGCUGGCUCCUCUAUAAAUAUUUGGUGCGAGGCGACAGCCGCAUCAGUGCAGUUUGAAACUUCCGCGGACUUUAUCAGUACCCAGAGACCCAGCGAGCUCAUGGCGUUACCGAUAAACCUCUGUCGGAUGCUGGUUCUAAGCACCUGCUUCGUACUUACGGUCAGAGCUGAAUGUGAUAAAGACUGUGAGCACUGCACCUACCACAUGCAGGGUCGACAAACAGAGAUAAACACUAUUACAUGUACAUUAGAAUGUGAAGGAAAGUUGGCCCCUAAAAGGUCGUGGGAUCUCUGCAAGGCUGUAUUGCUAGGGGAAAAGCCUAACAGUUUGGCAGAGGAAGACCAAAGUGUCACUGAGAGCAUCAAGCAGGAAAACGAUGAACAUCAACUGGCCAAGAAGUAUGGCGGCUUUAUGAAACGCUACGGUGGCUUCAUGAAGAAAACUGCUGAGCUCUACAACGUCGAAACGGAUGACCAAGACCACGGCAGAGAAAUUCUCGCAAAGAGAUAUGGCGGAUUCAUGAAGAAAGACGGAGAGCACGGAGUGGACACACUUGCCGUUUUAAACGAUAUCCUGACCUCAGAGGGCGGUAAAGGAGGCCAAACAGACUGGGAUGGAGAGAUCCUGAAACGAUAUGGAGGGUUUAUGAGAAGUAUUAAAAGAAGCUCAGAUCUGGAAGACGGUAUCAAAGAGCUGCAGAAAAGGUAUGGAGGAUUCAUGAGGAGGGUGGGCAGACCGGAAUGGAAGGAAGAUCUAAAAAGGUAUGGCGGGUUUUUCAGGCGGUCCUGGGAGGAAGACGGGGAAAGUAACUCCGAAAACAUGCCGGACACGGAGAAGAGAUAUGGGGGAUUUAUGGAUUAUUAGUUUCCAAAUUAAAAGACUUUAAAAAUCAUCUUUUCAUGUCCCACUGUCUUGCUUGCAAUGUACAGUUUUUUAACUGUCUGAGCUAAAGAUUACCUAUAAGUAUUCUUCCUCUUCCAUUCAACCUUACAAGCUUUUCAGUACGUAUUUAGAGAUGUAUGUUUAUUUCAGUGAGUGCAGUUCGGGUGUCGUCCACUCUGUACCAUACAAGAUAUUUUUACUGAGCAGAACCCUUUUCUUGCUACAGUCAGCAAAAUUAAGAGAAAGCAUUACACUGUACUCUACUCUCUCUCUCUCUUUCUCUCUCUCUCUCUCUCUCUCUAUCCCUCUCUCUCUCUCUCUCUCUCUCGCUCUCUCUCUCUCUCUGAGUAGUCGUGAAUGGUAUUGAGACACUUUAAUGAAAUUCAGUGCCUGACAUAAAAUGGAGUAGACGUGUAAGGCAGUGAUUUUAGGCUAAGGCUAUUAUGGGGAGACAUAACUUCUUCCGUGCUUAAUCAUACAUGUUAAAAUAAAUGAUUCCGUUCUUUUUAAUGCUACUGAAAAUACUAUGUGAUGUCUUGCACUUUUGAGCUCAAAAAGCAAUUUGCUGGCCAGGAAAAGGGUUUGAAAUAUGUUGUUUACUGAUUAGUUGAUAUUUCCCUGUGUAUGUAGUUAUUAAGGCUUUGACUCAUUUUUUUUUUUCAAAUGUUCUAUAUUUUUUCAUUUUAGUGAAAGCUGUAUCUCCUAUUGCUUAGCUUAUGACAAUAAAUUCAUCAAACUGCAGAAA